UAAACACCCACAACAACAACACAACAAGAUGGCCAACAGUGACAGACUCGGUGUUGAUGUUAUUAUUAAUGAUCUUAAGAACAACCCUUCUUGUGUACACGGACCCACUGUGCUGUUCGAGAGAUUCCUGGGUAACGGACACAGCCGGAAGUUUUAUUCCUGCUCGACCUGCAGAGACCGUCGAGAUUGUGGCUUUUUUCACUUGGCUGACGGGAAGAUCACGAGCUGCAAGAGAGAACUCUGGGCUCGUCUGGUUAUAGAAGCUGCUCCCAUCUUGUCGCACCAGGAGAGGUUUAAGAUUUGGAAAACAGUGAAGAGGUUACCAGCGAGCGACAGAAGUUACUGUUCAUCGUGCUCAUCUUUGCUUAAGAAGAGCGACAUGUCCGAUCAUGGAUCAUGCGCCGUGAUAUCCCCUAUCAGUGACGAGCAGUUGAGUCACCCAUCAACAAUCUUAGUGCCCAAAGAAAGUUCCAAAUUCGAAGCCCAGUAUCUCUUUGCGACCAGCAGUGUGAGUGUCAUUGUUGGCAUGCUGCAGAACCUGAACACUUCCAGAGUCUUGUGCAUCGGUGCCCCACGUGUCCAUGAGGAAGCUACAAUGACUACCUUAUUCAUGCCACCUUCAACUGUGUUAUUGACUACCUUAUUGGUACCACCUUCAUUUGUAUCAUUUAUCACCUUAUUGAUGCCACCUUCAACUGUGUCAUUGACUACCUUAUUGGUACCACCUUCAUUAGUAUCAUUUAUCACCUUAUUGAUGCCACCUUCACCUGUUUCAUUGACUACCUUAUUGGUACCACCUUCAUUAGUAUCAUUUAUCACCUUAUUGAUGCCACCUUCACCUGUGUCAUCGACGACCUUAUUACUUCUCUACUCUUAUAUUGAAUAUAUGCAUUUGUGUUUUUUUUAUUUUGUUGAUGUUUUAGAUUUAUUUCUUUUCAUUUUAUUUUUACAGUGUUCGUUCUUUUCACCUAAGCAGUUCAUCCAAUACAACAUGUUCAACCAUCACUUUUUUGAAGGGGAAACGGCUAAGAAUACAUACGAGCAUUUUAUUUCUGUAGAUGAAAACUUGGUGAUAGUCACAGAUCCACCAUUUGGAGGAAGAAUGGAGUUGCUUGCACAUAAUCUUAAACAAAUCCAGGAUGACUGGAGAAGAAGCAGAGGUCUUGACUCUCACAGGGAGCUGCCAGUUGUUUUUGUUUUCCACAACUCAGUGCUGUUCGUUUUUCCCUACUUCAUGGAGCAGCAAGUCAUAUCUAGUCUACCCAGUUUCACAAUGCUUGACUACCAGGUCGAUUACGACAACCAUCCACUAUACUCCUCAGGUCCAAAAGGCAUGAAAAAUGGAUCUGCAGUCAGAGUUUUUGUGAACCUUCCACAGUCAAUGUUUCCUCUACCAGAGGAAAGUUACCACUUGUGUAAAGUGUGUGAUCGCUGGGUCAGCAUCAACAAUCAGCACUGUGAUAAGUGCAAUGGAUGUAUGUCAAAGGACGGAAGAACCUACAAGCAUUGUGAUGGAUGCAAUAAGUGUGUUAAACCUUCAUGGGUACACUGCUCAGACUGUUCCAGGUGUCAGCCACACGACCACAGGUGUCAAGAAGCUGGUUCAGCACUCACUUGUCACAUGUGUGGACACUCUGGCCACAAACGGAUGGACUGUCCAAAGCGAAAAUUGGGUUGCACCUUGUCUGAUGAUGAGUCCAAGAGAAAGAGGAGGAAGAGGAACAAGAACACACUACCCCUGAGUCUUGAAGAUGAGAGAAUGAGGAGGAAGAGGAACAAGAACACACUACCCCUGAGUCUUGAAGAUGAGAGAAAGAGAAACAUGGAAAUAUUUUCUCAAUUAACAUAGCUUAAAAAAUGAAUUUGAUUAAUUAAAAUUUGAAUU